AGGAGGGGGACGAGGAGGAGGAGGAGGAGGAGGAGGAGGAGGAGGAGGGGGAGGAGGUAUGGGUAUCUUUUCCUCUUCUGACCUCGCCCACUUUCUCAAUCAGCACCACCGCGUCAUCGUCGAUGUCGACGGAGAUGCCGAGCGCCGCCCCGCCGCUCCUGUCUAUUGCGACUCUGAACGUGGAACCCCCUGGCCACCGCGCAGGCGCCUUGGCCGCCGGGGACGCAUGGUCCGACAAGCAACUGGCGUCGACCUUAUGGAGAUGGACUCGUUCGGAUGCAGAAGAUGAACGUCUUUCCCACAAGUUUCGCACUCUUGCAGCGCGCUGUCAUCCACCGUGUCCCCAGGAAUGUCCAUCAACGCGAAGCACUCUGGGCACUGCCGGCUGCCGAAUCUGAUAUUCCCGCAUCUUUGCCGACCGAGGAGCUUCAGAUUCUGCAUCGCCGCGGUUACGCAGACAUGAAGCUCGCAACAUCCUCGGCCACAGGCGUUGAUGCCCCCCAUGGCGUCAAUCAGGCGCAUAGCCUUCGUCUCUCGCGGCGUCUCCUCGAACUCUGGCACCUGGCGUCUCGAGGUGUUCAGCGAGAUCCGAAUCCUCCCA